GUCACGGCUUUUAGUUUGCUCGCCAGACUGACUUGAUUGGUGGGUGAUUUGCCAACGCUGCGGCAGCGCCGUCGAGCACGGAGCCCGCCGGGAGGCUCCUGCACCUGCCGCUCCAGGGUGCGCUGAGGCCAUUGCUCAUCUCCUCCUUUGUGGAGCGGAGAUCCCACCCGAGCGCCAAUUGGUCUCCUCUUUCGUUGGCAGGCUGAGUAACGUCAACUCUUGAACCAAUGAGGGGUUGGGGCUUGCUCGUGUUAUCGCUACAUGUUCUUUCAUGCCUGGUUAGUGGUGUUGCCUCUGGUCGAACAAGCUCUUACGUGCGCACAGAGUUCCCAUCUACAGAUAUACCUCUAGAUAGUGAAUGGUUUGCCAUUCCAAAGGGAUAUAAUGCUCCACAGCAGGUUCAUAUCACCCAAGGUGACUAUGAUGGAAAGGCAGUUAUAGUAUCUUGGGUUACUCCGGAAGAACCUGGGCCAAGUGAAGUGUUUUAUGGCAAGGAGAAACAAUAUGACCAGAAAUCAGAAGGAACAACAACAAAUUAUACGUUUUACGAUUACAAAUCUGGAUACAUACACCAUUGCCUUGUUGAUGGCCUUGAGUAUAACACUAAAUAUUAUUACAAGAUUGGUAGCGGAGAUUCAGCUCGAGAAUUCUGGUUUGAAACACCUCCAGCAAUUGAUCCAGAUGCAUCAUACACAUUUGGCAUCAUAGGUGAUCUGGGGCAAACAUUUAAUUCUCUCUCAACUCUUCAACAUUAUGAGAAAACUGGAGGUCAAACUGUUCUUUUUGUUGGGGACUUGUCGUAUGCUGAUAGAUAUGAACAUAAUGAUGGCAUUCGUUGGGAUUCUUGGGGUCGAUUUGUUGAGCGCAGUACUGCAUACCAGCCAUGGAUUUGGAAUACUGGAAACCAUGAAAUAGAGUACAGGCCUGAUCUGGGAGAAACUUCUACAUUCAAGCCAUAUUUGCAUAGGUAUAUGACUCCAUAUUUGGCAUCAAAGAGCAGUUCUCCUAUGUGGUAUGCUGUCAGGCGUGCAUCUGCUCAUAUCAUCGUGUUGUCUAGCUACUCUCCAUUUGUAAAAUACACUCCUCAAUGGUGGUGGCUGAAGAACGAAUUCAAGCGUGUGGACAGGGAAAAGACACCUUGGCUUAUCGUUCUCAUGCAUUCUCCCAUGUACAACAGCAAUGAGGCACAUUAUAUGGAGGGCGAGAGUAUGAGGGCUGCUUUUGAGAAAUGGUUUGUGAAGUACAAGGUCGACUUGGUAUUUGCAGGGCAUGUUCAUGCUUAUGAGAGAUCAUACCGCAUUUCUAAUGUCAACUACAACAUAACAUCGGGAAAUCGAUAUCCAGUGCCAAACAAAUCUGCUCCCGUUUACAUAACAGUUGGUGAUGGAGGCAACCAGGAAGGACUUGCUUCAAGGUUUUAUGACCCCCAGCCAGACUACUCAGCGUUCAGGGAGGCCAGUUAUGGUCAUUCACUUUUACAACUGAAAAACAGGACUCAUGCUGUCUAUCAGUGGAACAGAAAUCAUGAUGGGAAUCCUGUUCCAGCAGACACCGUGGUGUUUCAUAACCAGUAUUGGACAAGCAGCACGCGCCGCAGAAGGCUGAAGAAGAACCAUUUCCAUCUCGAGAACCUUGAAGAUCUGAUUUCCCUAUUCUAAGAAAGCCAGUCUCGCAGAAUGUCACGCAGCUUGAACUUUGUGGAAAAAACGCAGCAUAACAGCACCGUUGCUAAGUGCCCCUGCUUCUCUUGGAAGCAGCAGAACCAGUCAUCAGACUGGCAAUGGCAAGUCCAGCUACCUGAUUUCAUGCCAAAGGAGCCAUGGGGACCUCUGUGGAUCUGAAAUUCUGAAUGCUGUACUCGUAUGAAAAUAGUGCAAAUAAUACGGCUGUAUCCGUACAGAUGUAACAUUUUAUACGUAUACAGUAAAUACACAUCAGUUUCUUCCACCGUUAUCCGGGAACCAUUUUCGCCUGUCUGCAUUGUGGCCAGUGGAAAUUUGUUAUUUGCGGAUUAAUAAUCCCUUUCAUUC